CUCUGCACUAGGAUACUUAUGCUAAGGGAAGGAAUUCUCCAGCAAUGGAUUUGUCCAUGAUGCUACGAUUUCAGGUUAUAGAGGAAACAUUCUAUCUGAAAUCAACCCACUUUACAGUCCAUUAGACGGUUAAUUUUCUAUGCGAUAGCUCCAUUCAAACUACCACUAUACAGUCCCUUUUUCUCGCUCCGGAAACCAUGUCUCUCCAGACUCCCCUUUGCUCAUUGCUGAAGAUUCAGCACCCAGUCCUGCUGGCAGGCAUGGCUCGUGCAUCCGGAGCACCUCUGGCCGCCGCAGUCUCCAACGCAGGCGGUCUGGGAACAGUCGGCGGACUGGGCUAUACCCCCGAGCAACUAUCCGAAAUCCUGACCGAACUCAAAUCACUUCUCAAAGACCCUUCGCUACCAUUUGGCGUUGAUUUGGCCUUGCCGCAGGUCGGCGGAGGAGCACGGGCCACGAACCAUGACUACACCCACGGACAGCUGGACCAGCUCAUCGACGUGGUUAUCUCGCAUGGUGCCAAGCUGUUCGUCUGUGCAGUUGGUGUGCCACCGGAGCGUGUCAUUAAGCGGCUCCACGACGCAGGCAUCCUGAUCAUGAACAUGGUCGGGGCACCCAAGCACGCUGAGAAGGCGUUCAAGCUGGGCGUGGAUAUCGUUUGUGCACAAGGAGGUGAGGGAGGCGGCCAUACGGGCGAUAUUCCGUUUUCAGUCCUCGUACCGGCGGUGGUGGAUGUGGCGAGAAAGUAUAAGAGCCCGUUGACGGGACAGCCUGCGUUGGUUGUUGCUGCCGGUGGUGUCAAUGAUGGCCGGAGCUUGGCUGCGGCAUUGAUGCUGGGCGCCGCGGGGGUUUGGGUGGGAACUAGGUUUGUUGCUUCGGAGGAAAGUGGUGCGAGUCGCUUGCAUAAGGAGGCUGUUGUUGGUGCGCAGUAUGGAGAGACGAAACGGACGCUAGUCAUCUCUGGGAGGCCACUGCGCAUGCUUCCUAAUGAAUAUAUCAAGGAGUGGGAGAAGCGCCCUGAAGACAUUGCUAGAUUGACGGCUCAAGGUAUCGUUCCUAUUGAGCAUGACUUCAAGAACGAUAAAGAUGUCGAUGUGCCGUUUUUGAUGGGCGAUGUUUCGGCGAUUAUUCAGGAGAUCAAACCUGCUGGUGUGAUUGUCCGGGAGAUGGUCCAGCAGGCUGUGGAUAUGCUGAAGAAGGGAGGAUCCUAUAUUAACGGUCCGCCGAGUAGACUUUGAUUGAGGCAUCGGCUCUGCUUUAUCUUUCCCAAGGAUGCUGGUAUAUGUGACAUGAUAUUGGUAUUGCAAAUAAUUUUCAUGAUAGCGUAAUAAGUACGUUU